AUGGAUUUCCUGGAGCAGAAGUCCCCAACUUACAGACUAGGGCAGAUCUGGAGGAUAUCUGGAUGGGCAGCCUUUAAGUCGGUGCUGAUGCUGCACCGAGUACCUGGGAAGGCAAAGUUGGGUGAGAGUAACCCUUCCCAGUUCACCCACACAGGUCUCAGUGAUACAUACCAGAUUGAAUGUGAGGCACAUACUUCCAUGUGUAGCAAGAGGGAUCCCCUCAAUAUCCCACAUGAGUAUUAUCAGCCAGGGGACCUCAGCAUUGGUGGGAUCACUUCUCAGCUCUUUGCCUUGUUUGAACCAAUGUCCUUUGUAGCAGAUCCAAAGACGAAGCUUAUGGAUGAAACUAUUGCAACACCAAAGAACUACCAGCAUCUCCUCGCCUUUGUGUUUGCUGUGAAGUUAGUUAAUGAGAACUCCAAGAUUUUACCCAAUGUCAGCCUUGGGUUCCACAUCUAUGACAGCUACUUCAAUGCAAAAAUGACUUAUCAGAGCACCCUGAACCUUCUCUUCAAGUUGUGGAAGAUCAUCCCCAACUAUAACUGCGAUACCCAGAAGCAUCUUUUAGCUGUCAUUGGUGGACUUGAUUCUGAAACAUCCCUCCACAUAGCCAACAUUUUAGGGAUCUACAAAAUUCCACAGGUCACUUACUCCUCAUUUGCUCUUGUAGUAAAUAAACUCCAAUUCCCUUCAGUCUACCAGAUGGUCCCCAAUGAAGCACAACAGUACUCUGGGAUUGUCCAGCUACUUCACCAUUUCCAGUGGACAUGGAUUGGCAUCAUUGCAUUAGAGGAUGAUAAAGGAGAAACUUUUGUACAGACUUUGAUGAAGCUGCUUUCUCAGAAUGGCAUCUGCUCUGCUCUUAUUGAAAGGCUACCAAGCUGGGCUUCCUUUGACAACAUAGUAGUUAUGUUCUUAUUAAGACCCAGGGAGACCAUGACACUUUUCCUAACCAGGAAUAAUGUCAAAGUAUUUGCUGUAAAUGCAGAUACUCAUACUGUGUUAACUUUGAAAUGGUUUCUGUACAAGGCGCAUAUGGAAGAUCUGACAGAGGCAAUUAUGGGUAAAGUGUGGAUCAUGACAGCCCAGUGGGAUUUCUCAUCGCAGACGAAUUUCAGGGGAUUGGAUGUAGAAAUCUUUCAAGGUGCUUUAUCUUUCACCGUGAACUCCAAUGAGGUGUUUGGGUUCCAACAUUUCCUGCAGAGUCUAUAUUCCCAUUGGCCAAAUGAAGAUGGCUUCAUCCGAGACUUCUGGGAACAGGCAUUUGACUGUUUAAUGCCAGAUUCCAAGGCGUAUGAGGAGCAUAUGAGCAGAUGCACCAGGGAGGAGAAACUGGAGAGCCUUCCUGGGACAUUUUUUGAAAUGAGCAUGACGGCCCAGAGCUACAGCAUCUAUAAUGCUGUUCAUGCCAUAGCGCAAGCUUUACAUACCUUAUACUCAGCCAGAGAGAAACGCAGGACCAUGGUGGAGCAUGGCUAUAGCUUGGAAUCUCCUAUUCAGCAUUCUUGGCAGCUUCACCCUUUUCUGGGGAGCAUCUCUUUUAACAACAGUGUUGGGGACGCUAUUUCUUUUAAUGAGAAAAGAGAACUUGUCACUGGAUUUGAUAUUAUAAAUUGGGUCACUCUUUCAAACCAAAGCUUUUUAAAAGUGAAAGUCGGAAGGAUGAAUCCCCAGGCUUCCCCUGGUACAGAAUUUAGCAUCGCUGAAGAGUUCAUCACAUGGCACAACAAGUUUAAUCAGGUGCUGCCCACUUCUGUAUGUAAUGACAACUGUUAUUCAGGAUACAGCAGAAAAAUAAAGGAGGGGAAGCCAUUUUGUUGCUAUGAUUGUGCUCCAUGUCCAGAAGGGAAGAUUUCAAACCAGAAGGAUGUGGAUGACUGUUUAAAAUGUCCAGAUGAUAAGUAUCCAAAUGAAGACCGAGAUCAGUGCCUUCUCAAGCCUCUAAACUUCCUGUCCUAUGAACAGCCUUUGGGAAUCACUUUACUGUUUUUGACUGCAUCUUUUUCUCUGAUCACAGCUGUGGUGCUUGGACUCUUUAGUAAAUACAGAAACACACCCAUUGUUAAAGCCAACAAUCGAGACCUCACCUACUCUCUGCUCGUCUCCCUCUUACUCUGCUUCCUCUGCCCUCUGCUAUUCAUUGGCCGGCCUCACACAGUGACCUGCUAUCUACGACAAACUGUAUUUGGCAUCAUUUUCUCAGUGGCAGUUUCGUGUGUAUUGGCAAAAACCACCACGGUGAUUCUGGUUUUUAUGGCCACUAAGCCAGGAGCCAGGAUAAUGAAAUGGGUUGGGAAAAGACUAGCCAACAUGGUGGUUAUCUCUUGUUCCCUUAUUCAAGUGAGCAUUUGUUCUGCCUGGCUCUGCACUGUUCCCCCAUUCCUGGAUUCGGACAUGCACUCUCUGCCCAAAGAAACAGUAAUAGAGUGUAAUGAAGGGUCACCCGUCAUGUUUUACUGUGUUCUGGGGUAUAUGGGAUUCAUGGCUGCUAUCAGCUUCCUUGUGGCUUUCUUUGCAAGGAAGUUGCCCAGCACUUUCAAUGAAGCCAGGUUUAUUGCUUUCAGCAUGUUGGUAUUUUGCAGUGUAUGGAUUACUUUUGUUCCAACUUACCUGAGCACCAAGGGAAAAUAUAUGGUGGCUGUGGAGCUCUUCUCCAUCUUAGCCUCUAGUGCUGGAUUACUGGGUUGUAUCUUUUUCCCAAAAUGUUACAUCAUUGUACUAAGGCCUGACUUAAAUAGCAAGGACCAGCUAAUGUGGAGAAAGAAAUAG